GGCGGCGGCGGCGCGCGCGGCCGGUCGGUCGGUUGGGAUGUCGCGCGGGCGGGAGCGCGUGGUGGCCCUGGUGGACAUGGACUGCUUCUUCAUGCAGGUGGAGCAGCGCCUCGACCCGCAGCUGCGCGGCCGCCCCUGCGCCGUGGUGCAGUACAACAAGUGGCAGGGCGGCGGGAUCAUCGCCGUGAGCUACGAGGCGCGCGCCUUCGGCGUGGCCCGCGGCAUGUGGGCGGCGGAGGCGCGGGCGCUGUGCCCCGAGCUGGCGGUGGCGCGGGUGCCCGAGGCGCGGGGCAAGGCGGACCUCACGCGGUACCGGGAGGCCAGCGCGGAGGUGAUGGAGGUGCUGUCGCGCUUCGCCGCCAUCGAGCGGGCCAGCAUCGACGAGGCGUACCUGGACCUGACGGGCCGCGUGCGGGAGCGGCUGCGGGUGAUGCGGGGGCAGCCGCUGGGCGCCACGCUGCUCCCCACCACCUUUGUGCAGGGGCUGCCGGCCGGCACCGACCACGACCCCGACCGCGGCCCCAGCGAGAAGGAGGAGCUGCGGGAGCGUGGUGUGCACGAGUGGCUGGCAUCGCUGUCCUUCAGUGACCCUGAUUGUCCAGACCUGCAGCUGACUGUGGGAGCAGUAAUUGUGGAGGAAAUGAGGGUAGCUGUAGAAGCAGCCACUGGAUUCAGGUGUUCAGCUGGGAUUUCACACAACAAGACACUGGCAAAACUGGCCUGUGGGUUGAACAAGCCUAACCGCCAGACACUAGUGUCUUCACAAUCUGUCCCACAGCUCUUCAGCCAGAUGCCUGUUGGCAACAUCCGAAACCUAGGGGGGAAGCUGGGUGCUGCUAUCACAGACGUCCUCGGAGUGGAGUACAUUGGGCAGCUGACACGGUUCAGUGAGAUGGAGCUCCAGACUCACUUUGGAGACAAGACAGGGUCCUGGCUAUACGACCUGUGCAGAGGAAUUGAAGAUGAACCUGUCAAAAAUCGGUACUUAACCCAAUCCAUUGGCAGCAGCAAGAACUUCCCUGGGAAAACAGCCCUAGCCACACAGAAAGAGGUGCAACACUGGAUCCUGCAGCUGUCCUUGGAGCUAGAGUCCAGAUUGAUUAAGGACAGGAGCCAGAACAACCGAGUGGCCAAGCAGCUGAUGGUGGUUAUCCGCAUGCAGGGAGACAUCCGGCUGUCACGCUGUUGUGCUCUGACCCGCUAUGAUGCCCAGAAGAUCAGCAGUGAUGCUUUUGCCAUCAUCCAGAACUGUAACAUGGCUGGGCCUCACCAGGCAGCCUGGUCUCCACCGCUCAUAUCGAUGCUUCUCUCUGCGAGCAAGUUCUCAGGGGCUCCCACGCUCCUCUCUGCAGGCAUUGCCACCUUCCUGACCAGUGAUACCCAAUCUGAUGGUACUGCCAGUGCAAAGACCACAUCUUCUAGGAGCCCAAGGGUCAAGUUCUUCAGGAGCCCAAGCAAAGAGCAUAGGCAGAAGCCAGCUAAUGCUAUUGAGUCAUUCUUUCAAAAGGCAGCAGAAAGGCAGCAAGCGCAGCUGCCCAGCCUGCCAGCUACCACCAGCACAGAGUUGUCUGUGCCCAGCUCCCUAGAGCAUCAAGCGAGAAAUGGUGUUGGACUCGCCUCUGUGCAGUGUGACCUGGAGUCCCCUGUGAAGAACAGUCUCAGAGAGGGGAACUCUGCCUCUGCUGACAAGAGGCUUCCCUGGGAAGAAUCACUGUCUGAUGUUACACAAAUGCCCUCAACACCGCCAGGCUCCAAAAUCCUUUUGAAGUUAGAGCAAGCUACAGAGGGGAAUGAGCAGAAUUUACCACCUUGUCCUGAGCUUGCCCCAUUCCCUCACACCUCACCAGGGGACCAGCAGCAGUGUGAGAAGUGUGGCCAGCACGUGCUGGCAUGGGAGCUCCCAGAGCACCUGGACUAUCACUUUGCUCUGGAGCUGCAAAGCUCCUUCCUGGAGCCCAGCUCUCCACCGUCUCCAGCAGCAGCUCUCAGCCCUAGGGCUGCAGCUUCCAGGUCUCCUGCCAAGACCAAGAGCAAGCCCAAAACUCAAGCAGGCUCUAGUGCAAAACGACCUAGAGAAAGUGUGACAAGAACUUUAGAUUUUUUCUUUAAACGCUUAUCUCCUUAACUCCCAGCCACACUGGGAUUUUUAGAUAAUCAGUUUUUUAAAUAUAAGGGAAAAUUUUUAUACAGGCUGUUAGGUUUUAAUGCAGAAAAGUCUAAUAAAUUAUCUCUACCCCAAAUGUGAGAGGAACUGGAACUUGUGAAUAGUGUGUGGUGCUGGAUGUACUUAGCUUUGCAAUUGAUUGGGUAAAGUUUGGUGGCAGCUAGCUCAACCCUGCUUCAUGCAACCAGACACUGCAUCAUGCUUUCACCUACACCUCCUGCUAUGGGUAUUUCCAUAGUUUCACUGCUCCAUUAGUAAAUCCAUUCCUACAGCUCUUUCCUAUGGUGGGAAUAGUGUCUCCUCACACUGUGAAAGUGUGAAAACUGAAGCACAGACACAGCGACUUAUCCCAGGAAGUCUCUGGUCAAGUCUAGUCUCAACCCCUACCCAUUUGAUCAGUCUGAAGCCUCCACCUUAUGAUUGUUCUCCUCUGGCUGCACUUGUGAGCAGUGCCCUUACUGUGUAUUUUACACAUGGGAGCUUACCCUAUGGUUACUUCUUCCCCCUCCCCCCAACUCUGAAGGCAGACUGAUUUGCUUCCAUGAACCAGAAGGAUUUUUAGUAUCGACUGGUAAGUCCCUCUGUGUAGCUGUUCCUUCUGUGAUGCUCAUCUCCAGCUCUGAGUGCACAAGUAAGACUGCUCCUGUCAAAUAAAUAAGCUUUGAGGAGGCUGGAGCUGCACUUUUGGUGAGCUUUUUUGAGCACAGUGGCUGAUACUUGCUCUUGAGACAUGAACUGCUUACUGCUAGAGUCAUGGUGAAGGGCGCAGGUGAAGGGCACAGAACACGUGAAGGCAUUGUGUGGAUCCCUGUGAAAGCUUCCUUCCACCCCAGAAGGCACUUUAACCUCUUUCUUCUUCCUUUCAGACUCUGGAUGAUAUUAAA